AUGCGGGCGACGGCUGGCAUUGUUGGCUUGCCAGUUUCGGACGAAGAGAGAGCUUUGCUUGAAGCCAUGGCUGGACGCAAGCGAGGACCGCACUUUAAGAACCCCAACAAACCUCGUCGAAAAAACAGCAGAGUAUCGGUGGUCGACAGGGCUAGGAUUGUGGACGUUUACAGGCGUGGCGAAGACGAGCAUUCCAGCUGCCCAGCAACUCUAGAGGAUGGCGAGUCACAGCAGCGGCAGUCCCUUUGCUCUUCUAUUGGUGUCUCUGAAACUGAAGGACCAUCUGAUGUGAAAGUUCAGAAGAAAGCCCACACAGGCAGGCAACUCUAUGAAUGCCACCUGUGCCCCCGAAGUUUCAAACGGAGUGGCCUUCUCAAGAAACACCUGUGCGCCCACACUGGCGAGCAACCAUAUCAAUGCCCUUCAUGUGUUAUUCUGUUGGAGCCAUUUGUGAACCUUUUGCAUAAUGAGGACCUUAAUACUUUCAAAACAUGGUGUCUACUCCUUUGGUAUACCCAUCACAUGCAGAAACAAUUUUCUUUUACAGAAGAGGGGCAUUCCAGCUGUACAGCAACUCUGGAGGAUGGCGAGUCACAGAAGCGACAGUCCCAUUCCUCUUCCACUGGUGUUUGUAAAACUGGAAGACUGUACGACAUGGGAAAUCGUCGUGAGGCCCACUCAGUGGUUGAAGCAAUUCCACCGUGUCGCCCAUGCUGUGCUGUGGGGUGCCAGAGGGCACAAAGCAGGGAGAAUACUGUGUCAUUCUUCAAGUUCGCUAAAGAGCCCGCCAAGGGCAAGGCUCUGGAGAUAAAUGUGCACAGGAAGGAUUGGUGCGCAAGUGACACAUCUGUUUUGUACUCGGCACACUUCACAGCAGACAGGUACAAUGAUGACCAGUGUCUUCUCGGCGAGUUCGAUUUGCAGUGUCAUAUGUUCUCGUCGGAUACUGGCCUCAAGGGCUUAUGGCACAUUCGAAAAGAAGGCAGCAUGAAGUUUGCCACAACUCCAAGCAGCCUUUAUGUUCAGAAGUUCUCACCAGAAGUUCUCUCGGAAGAAGGGUGUUCCAGCUGGCCAGCAGCUCUGGAGAAUGGUGAUGCACAGUGGCGACAGCCCCAUCGAUCUUCCAUCGGCAUCUCUGAAACUGAACAGCUAUCUUAUGUGAAAGUUCAUUGCAAGGUUCACACAGGCAAUCCACUAUUUGAGUGCCACUUGUGCCCUCAAAGUUUCCAGCAGCAGGGCUCACUCAAGAGACAUCUGCGCACCCACACUGACGAGCGGCCAUAUCAGUGCUCCGUCUGCUCGCAAAGCUUCUCAUGGCAGGGUGACCUAUCAGAUCACCAACGUGUACACACACAUGAGCGACCAUAUAAUUGUCAUUUGUGCCCUCGAGCCUUUUGGUGGAGAAGCAAGCUUAAGGCACACCUGCGCAUGCACACUGGUCACUGA